CUGUUGUUGUCAUUGCCAUUGACGUUAUGUUGAGUUCUGAGAGUCAUUCCAGUUGGUUGCCUAUUCGUUUUGGAAACUUGCACGAAAAAAACCUAGAACAGCUAAAAAGGUUAAACUUAUCUGUUUUCCCGAUAAAAUAUGGAGAAAGGUUUUAUGAAGAAGUAUUACAGGCUCCUCCUGGGCUAGUAAAACUAGCUUAUUAUCACGACUUUUUGAUUGGUGCUUAUUGUUGUCGUAAAGAGAUUGGGUCUGAUAAGCAACCCAAAAUAUAUAUAUUAACUAUAGGAGUUCUUGCACCCUAUCGUGAACGUGGGGUGGGAUCACAGCUUUUGCAACAAAUUUUGCAACUUCCAAAGACCGAAAGGUUUAAGGAUAUAACUGAAAUAUAUGCACAUGUUCAGACUAGUAAUGAAGCAGCGCUAGGUUUUUAUCAGAAGCACGGUUUUCAAAUAGGAGAGAAGAAAACCAACUAUUAUAGAGAUAUUGAUCCUCCAGACUGUUAUGUCGUUUAUAAGAAAUAUACGAAUGGGAUACAAAAAGACUUGUAAAAAAGAUGUGGGUCUUUUUGUAAAGUUAUU